UACGGCCACACUCGCUCCACCUACUUCUUUUGCUCCAUAACCGCAAGGCAAUGCCUCCGGCGAUGGCAAUUCUGCAGUUGAACUCCGGCCUCCCCCCGGCUGCGGAGGCUCCCGUUCCGCUCUCGCUAGACUCCGAUCUAGCGGUCAUCCUGGCGGCCCUACUUUGCGCCCUUAUCUGCGUCGUCGGCCUCGCGCUGGUAGCUCGCUGCGCGUGGCUCCGGCACUUAGCCGCCGGGCCCCCUCCUGUGCCGCCAAUCAAGGGUCUCAAUAAGAAAGCCCUUCGGGCGCUGCCCAAAGUGUCGUACGGCGCCGAGGCGGCCGCUGGUGGGCUCCUCUUGGAAUGCCCCAUCUGCCUCGCCGAGUUCGUCAAGGGUGACGAGAUUCGCCUUCUGCCGCAGUGCGGGCAUGGGUUUCACGUAAACUGCGCCGACACAUGGCUCUCGGCGCACUCGAGCUGCCCCUCCUGCCGUCGCGUGCUAGUCGUUGCCACCUUCCCGCCCUCACGGUGCCAGAGGUUCGGGGAGAUGUCGGGGAAUGGGGCUGCUUUGCCAUCUGCAGUGGCAUUGGAGGAAGUUGCCAAGGCUAGAGAGGACCGCCGCCACAAUAGGUCGUUCCUCCCCUGAGCCUUCUUCUUCUUCUUCUUCUCCCUCUCCCUGUAGCUUGCCAAAUCAACUGCUUCCCUUAUUUUGUUUAUAUUUAGCUCAGAAUUCCAUGGGUUUGUAAUAUGAUUUACUGGUUUUUAAUUCCACUCAUUGUCCUGAGAAUAAGAUCUGCCAACUUGUUCAUACUAUUUUGUUCCAUUACAUUUAAUGGAGACAAAAGGUUUGCUCUUUGAGUGAAA